UUGAAAUGAGCUCGCAAUGGACACGAAAUUAUUGGCUCCUAGCGCUUACAUUUCUAGCCAUCUGCAUUGCACAGGUUGAAAUGGUAAAGUAUAGAGGUAAUCGGAAGUUCAUCAUAAAAUGCUGCGGACGAAAGUCGUGUUCGAAACUGCCUCCGAAAAAAGCAAACCGCACAAUUAUCACGCAAUCAACCAAACCGAGUUUGAUUUCCACCUCACCAUUUUCGACUGAAAGCUCAGAUGAAAUUGUGGAAAACAGUUCUGAAGGUCCAAAAACUGUGGAAAGCAAAUUGCAGCCGGAAACAGUGAUCAUUCAAUCCACGGGAACGACUGGAACUACAAUGGAGACAACAACUUGGACCAACGUCGUCUCGACAGAUAUGCUUGUGACGAACCUCGUCACCACUGGUUCAACAUUUGCAACCUCAUCAUUGUCAGUCUUGGAAACUUGGACUACCGACACAAUGACCACAACUCCAUCAUCUACAACACCUCGUCCUCCCGGCAUGCUCUACAGUUGUUCAGAUCUAUCUUGCGUGAAAAAUAUCUCGCUCUUUGACACUUACGGAGUGCUUAAAGAUGCGAGAAAAUACGGUUCAUGGAGGGAAAUCUGCGGAGAGCUCUAUCUUUUCGGCAAAUCGAUAGUCACGUGGGAAGAAAACGCAAUGAGGUGCUGCGCCAUUGGGAUGAAACCGUUAGCGUUCGAAACCAGCGCUAAAUUCGACUGUCUGCAAAAUUUCAUCAAAGCGGAAGUGUGGCAGUACAACUACAACUACUGGACGGCCGCACGGCAGAUUUUCGCCAACAACUCGUUCAACUGGUGUCCCUAUGAGACCGACGGCUCUUUUGCCAAUCUCACCUCGAUGUGGGCCACCGAUUAUCCAGGAAAAGAGGGUGGCGAUCUUUGCAUCCACAUGUCUGUUCCGCGAAAUAAAAACCUGACCGAGAUCACCAAGAAAAACUGUUCAAACCUCUACAUGUUUUCGUGCAAGGGAAUGACGACACCGGCUCCACGUUGUUUCGCUCCCGCCUGCCCUCAAGAUAAAUGCAGCAAAAAUGAUGAUUUAUUUUCUCCUGGAAUAGACAAUGUCACCAUGUUUCUUACAAAUCCUGCGCAGUAUGGGCUUUGGAAAAGCAUGAAUUUCCGUAUUUUCAUGUUUAGUCGUGAAUUCAAAACAUGGGACGACGCGAGAAGAACCUGUUGCUCCAUAGGAAUGAAGCUUUUGAGCCUGGAUGUCGCUUACAAAUACUCUGUCUUGUCCCAAAUUGCAGGGGAAGAUAGUGCAACCCUCAAUGCGAACUUUUGGACGUCGGGCACAGAAAACGGUUGCCCUGGAGCGUUCGGCUGGUGCGCUGAAAACAAACUGGUCAGGAAUGCGAUGUGGGCCAGAAACGAGCCUCGCAACGGUAGCCACUGCAUCGCAGCGACUGUCAGCAGCACAAACACGACGCUGAUGACUGCAGAUUGCAGACUAGCUCUGCGGUUUAUUUGUGAAACCAGGGACACGAGUAACUCUACGAGUAAAGGCGAGGCCAUGAAGGACGAGUGUGCAACCAAUUUUAACGUUUCAAUCGAUGAGCAGGACAAUAUUUUCAACAGCUCAUCUUUCAGUGCGAAGAUCAAGUGUUUCUUGAAAUGUUUGGGCGAGACUGGAGGAAUUGUACUUGAUGGUCAUGUUGUGGAUGAGCAACUGAUAAAACUGGCCGAAACCUUAUCACCAAAUGACGACGCACAACUGAAGAAAAAUUUGGAAGCUGUCGACGAGUGCUCCAACUCCAAGGGAAUGGAUGAGUGUGACACGAUAGCCAACGUUUUCCAGUGUGGACAGGAAAAAGCGCCAAACCUUGUGGCGAACGUAAUCAACUCGAUGGAAAUGAACAGCACCGGAGUUGAAAAAUCACCUCUGCAACCGGUGCUGGGCGAAUGCAUUGAUUAUGAAUGCAUCAUUGACCCAGUGUAUAGCGAUCUGUAUUUGAAUGCUAACUUUUCGCAUGGAACUGUUCUGACUAUUUGUAACAAGCGCUAUCUCUUGCGGAAUGAUUUUCUCUCAUUCGGAGAAGCCGCAUCUUGGUGUUGCAUGUAUGGGGUUCGUAUUGUUUCGAUCGAAACAGUUGAGGAACUGCAGUGCAUUGUGAAUUCACCCCUGGGCAGGUUUAAAAUAACUAAACCGAUAAACUGUCUAAAAUAUUUUUUAGGUGGAAUAACCCGACCUGAGAAAAUAUGGACAUCAGCAUCGAGGAAAGGAACAAUCACCGGCUUCCGAUGGUGCACGUCCAGAGUGCCGCUAAAUUUUUCAAUGUGGAAAUGGCAGCCAGACAUAGAGAAAAACCCGGAAAAACCAAUAAUGACUCUAAACCUCUCAAACACGUUGGAAGAUUCGUAUUUUUUUGCAAGCUCUGCUGAGGGUGACGUCGCUUUACUUCUUUGCGAGCUGUAACUUUUGGGUGGAUUGGAACUCAUAUACAUGGCAUUUUGUUUAGUUUAAUUUGAAAAUAAAUUUUUGGUGCUUGUUUCAAACUGUUAUUCUUUUUGGUUGUGUUGGCAAAAUA